GUGGAAACAGGAGAGGAGCAGGGGAGCCUGGGAAGUGGGGAUGACACAGAUAGCAAGUCCUAGGCAGAGCUGCCGCUACAUGUAGGGAAAACAGCAGUGUCUGCAGCUCCCACCCUCCAGGGGGGCUGGGGGGUUGGUGCCAGGAGCAUGGACACUACUCCCCAGGGGUCUCUGCUGUCGGCUACUCUCCUCUCCACACACUGCCCGCCGCCCAGGCGCCCGCGCUGACGCCGCCGCCGCCGCCGCCGCCGCGGCCAUGGCCUUGGCGCAGGAGAACGCCGCCUUCUCACCGGGCCCGGAGGAGCCGCCGCGGCGCCGCGGCCGCCAGCGCUACGUGGAGAAGGACGGCCGGUGCAACGUGCAGCAGGGCAACGUGCGCGAGACGUACCGCUACCUGACCGACCUGUUCACCACGCUGGUGGACCUGCAGUGGCGCCUCAGCCUGCUCUUCUUCGUGCUCGCCUACGCGCUCACCUGGCUCUUCUUCGGCGCCAUCUGGUGGCUGAUCGCCUACGGCCGCGGCGACCUGGAGCACCUGGAGGACACGGCCUGGACGCCGUGCGUCAACAACCUCAACGGCUUCGUGGCCGCCUUCCUCUUCUCCAUCGAGACGGAGACCACCAUCGGCUACGGGCACCGCGUCAUCACCGACCAGUGCCCCGAGGGCAUCGUGCUGCUCCUCCUGCAGGCCAUCCUGGGCUCCAUGGUGAACGCCUUCAUGGUGGGCUGCAUGUUCGUCAAGAUCUCGCAGCCCAACAAGCGCGCCGCCACGCUCGUCUUCUCGUCGCACGCCGUGGUGUCGCUGCGCGACGGGCGCCUCUGCCUCAUGUUCCGCGUGGGCGACCUGCGCUCCUCGCACAUCGUCGAGGCCUCCAUCCGCGCCAAGCUCAUCCGCUCGCGCCAGACGCUGGAGGGCGAGUUCAUCCCGCUGCACCAGACGGACCUCAGCGUGGGCUUCGACACGGGCGACGACCGCCUCUUCCUCGUCUCGCCGCUUGUCAUCAGCCACGAGAUCGACGCCGCCAGCCCCUUCUGGGAGGCGUCGCGCCGCGCCCUCGAGAGGGACGACUUCGAGAUCGUGGUCAUCCUGGAAGGCAUGGUGGAAGCCACGGGAAUGACCUGCCAGGCCCGGAGCUCCUACCUGGUGGACGAGGUGCUGUGGGGCCACCGCUUCACGUCAGUGCUGACCCUGGAAGAUGGCUUCUACGAGGUGGACUACGCCAGCUUCCACCAGACCUUCGAGGUGCCCACACCCUCAUGCAGCGCCCGGGAGCUGGCUGAGGCUGCUGCCCGACUCGAUGCCCAUCUCUACUGGUCCAUCCCCAGCCGGCUGGAUGAGAAGGUGGAGGAGGAGGGGGCGGGGGAGGGGGCGGGAGGUGGGGCCGGAACUGACAAGGAGCAGAAUGGCUGCCUGCCACCCUCAGAGAGUGAGUCCAAGGUGUGACCAGUUUCCUCCAGACCCCUGUGGCAGGGCCAGACACAAGUACCUGGUGAGCUAGAUGUCAGAGGUGGAGAAGGAGGCAGGCAAGUCCCUAGGAGGGAGCGCGAGCUGGAGAGGCCCCCUGGGGAGCCCAAGUCUAGGAUCUAAUAUGAAAGGGUGGGGUCCUGACUUCGGGAGAAUGGAGGGUGGGGAUGUGUGAACCUGCCAGCUUGUCUGUGUUUAACCUUCACAUCUGUGCACGGGUGGAUGGACAGAAGGAUGGACUUAACGCGGGUUGGAUGGGAAGGCAAUAGCAGAUCGAGACAGCAGGUAGAUAGGGAAAUGUACUGACAGAGAGGUGGUCCACUCAGGGCUGCUGCUAAAUCAUAGAACAUUUUUGUGCAAAUUCUUAAAAGGCACCCUUUCCGCCAGACUGAUGCCACCUGAAACCAUGGUGCACAGCUUGGGGAGCAGAGCGUGGGCUGGAUUUUAGUCCCAUUCACCUCCUCAGCCAGCCUCCCUGUGCAUGGUACACCUGUCUCACUGGACACAGUAGCCUGAGCUGACCCAGGGAGAGAGAGCUGGACAGACAGAGGAGGGCAGAGGGGAGAGCGCACUCCCAGCUCCACCUCUGCCAUGGUGACAGGCUGAGCAGGAGGUUGAGAGGCUGCAGGGGUGGCACAGGAUGUGAAUGGCCUUGUCCACUUGUACAGGGAAAUAGGCAAUCGGGGUUGAUGCUGGAGCUGGGACCCUGGAGCAGCACCUAGGAAAGAGCCAGGGACAGCUGUUUUCUGACAGUGGAGUGAGAUCUCAUAAGUACCACUGUACAGGCAGGAGGGGAAGAGAGGAGUUCUGAGGAUGAAGGGCCAGGGAAAGAUCCAGAAAGUGGAUUCACUACUGCCUGGAUACAGGGGACCAGUAUGAAAGCACACUUUGUCUUGGGGCCCAGUGAGAAGGAACCAUUCAAAGCACACAUUGGCUUCACGUUGGGUACAGAGCAUUGACCCAGGCACGUGGUCGGUGGGCAGGCAAAGAUCUGGUUCCGUCCUCACAGUACAGUGCCUUUGGGAAAAUCAGAGAAAUAUGCCUGGGGCAACUGAACAAGUUAUGGUUCAAACAGACCCUAAGCUGUCUCCUGGAGCAGAGGGUGGGAGGGUCUGGGAAUCAGAAAGCUAGGGAUUGAGUAAGGCCCAGGGAGUGCUUUAAGCCUGCAGUUAUAAAACGUGUAUGCAUUACAGACACCCAGAGGGCUUGUGAAACAAACUGCUGGAUCCCACUCCGGAGGGUCUGACUCAACAGGCCUGGGGUAGAGACCAAAAAUUUGCGUUUCUCAUGAAGUUCCCAGGCCACCCUGAUGCUGCUAGCAUGGGAACCACACUUUGAGAACCACUGCUUUAAGCGAAGACUUGAGGCUCUAUCAGGAGAAUGGGGCAUAUAAACUGAGAAGGAGCUGAGGAGGAGUUGAGGAGAAGCUAAGGAUCUUUGAGGGAAGAGACUGAACAAUAAAGGUGGAGUAUUUUGUGGGAAAGGGGCCACUGCAACCCAGGUUAACGAAUUUAGCUUUCAGCCCAGGAAUUCACCUGCCAGUGGGAAAGGGGCAGUGACAAGCUAGUGAGGGUGUUCGGGGAAGAUGAAUAGGCAAGCUGCAUGGAAGGAAGCAGCCAGGAGGCCGUGAGGGGAUCCUAGGCCUCGGAGGCGAGGUGAGCCAGAGGCCCUCAGAGGGCCCUGUGGGACUUAGAGUCGGGACUCAGUGUGGGAGAUGUGAGAGAAGCGGAGUCCAGACAUC